AGGGGGAUGGCUCUCCACGUUCACGGAGCCUGCCUGUUUCUGCUGCUGAUUCCUCGCGUGGUCACCCCAGCGGCCUUCGCUCACGAAGACUACCCUGCUGAUGAAGGGGACCAGGUGUCCAAUAACGAAAACAAUCUGAUCUUUGAUGACUAUCGAGGGAAAGGUUGUGUGGAUGACAGUGGUUUUGUAUACAAACUGGGAGAGCGGUUUUUCCCCGGGCAUUCCAACUGCCCGUGUGUCUGUACUGAGGAUGGGCCUGUUUGUGACCAGCCAGAAUGCCCCAAAAUCCACCCAAAGUGUACUAAAGUAGAACACAAUGGAUGCUGUCCAGAAUGCAAAGAAGUGAAGAAUUUUUGUGAAUAUCAAGAGAAAAGUUACAAAAUUUUGGAAGAAUUUAAGCCCUCUCCGUGCGAAUGGUGCCGCUGUGAGCCCAGCAACGAAGUUCACUGUGUUGUAGCAGACUGUGCCGUGCCUGAGUGUGUCAACCCGGUCUAUGAGCCAGAACAGUGUUGCCCAGUCUGCAAAAAUGGUCCAAACUGCUUUGCAGGAACCACCAUCAUCCCAGCCGGCAUUGAAGUAAAAGUGGACGACUGCAACAUCUGCCACUGCCACAACGGGGACUGGUGGAAGCCGGCUCAGUGCUCCAAGCGAGAAUGCCAAGGCAAGCCGGCUGCGUAG